CCUGAUACCUUGCACUGCCAUGGCAAAGUCCACUUACAGUUUGCUACCUUUGAUCCUUUGGGUCACCAUCAUUCCUUGCCACGCUGAAGACACCUGUCCAGAUGUGAAAGUCAUUGGUGUUGGAGACUCAGACAGACUGACAAUACUGAGAGGAUGUCCAGGAACCCCGGGAGCCCCAGGACAGCAGGGUCAGCCUGGGCCAGCAGGAAUUAAAGGAGAUAAAGGGCUUCCGGGAAUUCCAGGGAAAAUGGGACCAACUGGGAUGAAAGGAGACAAAGGGAGCCCUGGAACGAAAGGAGUAAAAGGUGACCAAGGAGAUCCAGGCAUACCAGCAAGGGGAACUGCACAGAAUUGUAAGGAGCUGCGUGACAUGGGUGCUUCCUUAAGUGGCUGGUACACAAUAUACCUACCAACUGGGUUGCCAUUGACAGUGCUGUGUGACAUGGAGACUGAUGGAGGAGGUUGGACAGUGUUUCAGAGGCGCUUGGAUGGAUCUGUGGAUUUCUACUGGGACUGGAAUUCCUACAAGACAGGGUUUGGGAGCCAGGGGAGUGAAUUCUGGCUGGGAAAUGAUAACAUUCAUCUCCUUACUUCAACUGGUACCUUCCAGCUCAGAUUUGAUUUCACCGAUUUUGAUAACAAUAAAACAUACGCCUUGUACAGAAACUUCCGUAUCGCUGGAGAGUCUCACAACUACACUUUGAGUGUAGUGAGUUUCAUUGAGGGGAACGCAGGCGACUCCUUUACCUAUCACAAUAAUGUAGCAUUUUCAACCAAAGACAGAGAUAAUGACUCAUCUCCAAGCAAAUGCGCACUGGUGUAUAAAGGUGCUUGGUGGUACAAAGCGUGCCAUUUCUCCAAUCUGAAUGGGCUCUAUCUAAAAGACAGUCAGACGAGCUCUGCCAACGGUGUAAACUGGAAGAGUGGCAAAGGUUACAAGUACUCGUACAAGGUGACAGAAAUGAAGUUCCGACCACAAGCCUAACAAGGGAUGUAAUAGCACCGUAUGGGAUAAAACACCUUCAACAUCUAAAGCACUGUGAAUCUGUGAUCGUAUACAGAAUAACGCUGGAUUCCCACCAUCACUGUAAUCAGAGUGGCUUUGCCAAUCACAAUUCUGUAAUUUAGUCAUACAUUCAAAACUAGAAUUUUUAUUAACUCAUGCAAAGUAAUAAGCUCAGCCAAUUGGCUUCCUGUUAAGAACCGAGAUUACCAAAUCCAACCCUGCAGUGCCACACAUAAUUCAGCAUUUUGGGAUUUUGAAUAAUCAGAUUAAUUAAAAAUGAUUAACUCAAAUAAGGGGAUCCUGAAAUCCUAGCAUGGUGUGGUCUGUUCUGUUGAGUUAGAUACCUUUUUGUAGAACAAAGCGUAUUGAAUGAAUUACGAAUUAGCUAAAAAAACAAGUCUGUAAAUAGCACUGAGAUAAGGGGGCAGUCUGCUGAGGCUUAGAUACAAGGUAAAUCACAGAAGUAAAAAGUCUAUUCAUAUAACAGUGUUGGUUAUGCAAAACUGGGGAAUGAGGUAAUAAAGGGAUUAGCUAUAUUUUUGAACAAUAACAAUUCUUGAGUAGGCUGCCCCUUUAAAUGAACACUGUACUCAAAUAUUUUCUAUCAUGAAUAUGACAAGCAAUUACACAUGUCCAAAAUAUUAUUUGCCUGAAAAAAAUGUUGAGUGAAAACCAUUUAAAAUAAAGUUGAAGAAACUAAUAA